UUCUUAAAGCAUUUUAGCUUAUUUUUAUCAUUUUGGACCUGUAUUUACAAUAAUCAAGGUUUCACGAACAUUAUAAUUAUGUUGCUUUAUUUGCUAGUGGAAAACCGUUUUAAUUGCAAGGUGGUCAAGAAGCUGAUCUGAAGCGAAGAAACAUGCUUGUAAAAGGUUUUAUUAUGCUGGCCGCAUUAUCUGCACUUAGUGGAACAGGAUCUAGUGCUUGCACAGAUGGAGUAGCCAGGCAGUAUGCCUGUAAACUUUUGAACCUGGCUAACUCGGGAAGAAUUGUAUUGUGGAAGAAACAUCCAUCCGGGGUUCGCGACAAUGCUUACGCGUAUAACAAUGUCAGAGAUACUUGUAACGGCAAAGCUGCCGCACGAUCACAUUACAAAUGUGCCGAAUGCCCAAACCCUGGCGCUCCUGGAGGAUAUGUCUGUUUGCAAGGAACUUUACUACGCUAUAUCUAUGCGGUCUAUCGAAAACUUGGCUACAUUCAUGUGAAUGAAAUUGCAGGUGCCUGUCACAGCUGUAAAUCUAAGCAUUACCUCGGUCGUGCUGUUGAUCUACAUAACCCACCCGGACAGUCAAGUACCAUGCUAAGUCUGUGCAAGAGUAUGGGAGGUUGGGGACAGAACGAAGGCAAUCACGUGCAUUGCGAGUUUUAAUUCAUAAACUUUUUGUGCGCUUAUUUGCUAGUAACAAAAUUGGAAUAAAUUAUCAAAAUGUGUUUCCUUUAUAUUCAGAGAAAAGAAAAAGAAUAUAAUGUUUUAUUAAUAAUAUAUAUUUCAAUCAACAACCGUCAUUGUCAAUGUAAUGUGGUUCACCUUACAUUUGUUAUUUGUAAAUUGUCAUUUACAUUUCCACUUUAUAUUAAUAAAAUUUCUUUCUUCCUU